AUGGGAGGAAUCAAGAGAAAGCACGCGCCGUCGACGUCUGCAGCAGACACAAAGAAGCAGAAAAAGGGAGACGUCAAGCCGACGGUCUUCAAGCAAAAGCCGGUGAAAGACCAUGCCCGAGCUGGAGAUACCGCUCCUCGUAAAAGCUGGCCAAAUAAUCGCCAGGAGCAGCAAUCAAAUUCUGGGACCAGCGUCGCUGCGUCGCAGACUUCCGCCGAGCCCAAGGCCUUCAAACUGGAGACCUCUUCGGCAGAAGCACACGCCAAGCAACGAGCGCUCGCAAAGGAGCGGAAGGCGAGCAAACCGAACGCGGAUUCGAUCGCGCGCUCCAAGAAGAUUUGGGAGCGGCUACGACUGAAGUCCCACGUGCCACGCGAGGAACGCAGAGAACUCGUUGCCGAGCUCUUCACCAUCAUCACCGGGCGUGUGCCCGACUUCGUCUUCAAGCACGACAGCGUCCGCGUCAUUCAGUGUGCCCUGAAGUAUGGCAAUCCGGAGCAAAGACUCCUGAUCUCGCAGGAGUUGGUGGGCUCCGUCCGCCCUCUUGUUGAGAGUCGAUACGCAAAGUUUCUCGUCGCCAAGCUGGUACAGGACCGGGACCCGCAGAUCCGCAACGCGAUCAUUCCCGAGUUCUUCGGUCAUGUGCGUCGCUUAAUCCACCAUCCCGAGGCUAGCUGGAUCGUGGACGACAUCUAUCGACAGGUUGCGACUCCUCAGCAGAAAGCGAUGAUGUUGCGUGAGUGGUAUGGGGCUGAGUUCGCCCUCUUUCACAAGAAGCCAGAGCUCCAGAACUCGACCAUUGCUGGAGAGCAGGAAACAGCCGAUCUGGGCCGCAUCCUCGAAAUCAAUCCGGAAAAGCGACGGCCGACUCUGCAGUAUCUGCUGCAGACGAUCAACAGUCUCAUCCAGAAGAAGAUGACGGGCUUCACCAUGCUCCAUGAUGCCAUGCUGCAAUAUUUCCUCGUCCUCUCCCCAGACUCGCCAGAGUUAGCCGAGUUUCUCGAGAUUCUCAAAGGCGACAUCGACCCCGACACGGAGGGAGGCGGAGGGGACCUGUUCCGCAAUCUGGCAUUCACGAAGUCUGGCAGUAGACUCGUAUGCCUGGCUCUGGCACACGGAAGUGCGAAAGACCGGAAGACGAUCCUAAAGUGUUUCAAAGAUAACAUCGAAUUGAUGGCGUUCGAUCAGUACGCCAACAUGGUCCUGGCCACCGCUUUAGAUACCGCAGAUGAUACAAAGAUGAGCUUCAAGAGCGUCCUCGUCGAGUUGCUCGGAUUGGGCAUCGAAGAAGAUACCACAAGGCUGGAUCGUCAGCAGCAAAUUGUCACGAACACAUUCGCAAGGCUGCCAGCACUAUAUCCUCUCGCCGGCACCGGCAGAUGGCUGAUGGGAGGCGUAGAGAGAAAGGCGGAUCGAAUGAUCAUGGAAGAAGUUCACCAGAUACGAAACAAGACUUCCAAGAAGGCGGCCGAGAUUCGACAAAAGGAACUCGUUGAGUAUCUGUCGGAGCCGCUAUUGAACCUUGUUCUUGAGCGCGCGGACGAUUUGUCGAAGAGCAGUUUCGGCUGUCAAGUCAUCGCAGAGACUUUGCUGGUGGCAAAGCAUGGCGAAACUGCGAAGACCAAAGUCGACAAAGCACAAGCAUUGGAAGCCGUCGCUAAGCUUGCUUUUGGUGAUCCCAGCGCCGAGGCUCAUCUGUCCCAGGACUCUGCCGCAGGGCAUAUGUUCAAAUCACUCGUCCUGGGCGGCAACUUUGACCCGACAAUCAAGAAGGUGCGCGUGCUUGAUCCUGAGAUGAGGUUUGGGGAUGUUUUGUACCCUGUUAUCAAGGAGAGACUAGUCAGCUGGGCCACUGGCCCGUCCAGCUUCGUCGUUGUGGCUUUUCUGGAGAGCGAAGUGGUCUCGAAUGAUGUCAAGGAGGAAGUUCGAGCCGCUGUCAGGAAGGCAAGAAGCGAGAUUACGGCUUCUGCUGAGACACCUGAGCAUGCUCGCGAGGGAGAGCUCGCUGAUGGCGAACCUGUUGCAAAGAAGGGUAACGCUGGCGCAAGGAUGCUGUUGAAGAUAGUAGGAAAGUGA